AGAUCCGACCACAGACCGCCAUUAUCGCACCUCUAUCCACCAUCAGAAUCGAGAUCACCUACCUUCAUCCACAACUCAUCCCUGACUCUGUUCCACGAUCGGAGGAUUCCUUCUACCUCGAUUCCGUCAUCUGCGUCGGCGCGAACUCAAACGCCGUCCCACGCAGCUGGUUCAAUGGAAAGAACAAGGAAGUCUUCACUGACACUGGUCUCCGCGUCUUCUAUGUUGGAUCUGCAGUCCUCGCGCGUUUGAUCGAGGAAGGUGAUAUGGAGAAGGCGCGGGAGGUGUUGGAGCAGAGCGAUCCGGAUUGGCGUGCGGCUGAUUCAACCGAUGCUCGCGGAAGGACGCUUCUGCAGAUCGCCAUUGUGUCCGGCCGCGCAGAUCUCGUGCAACUCCUCCUAGAAUUCGGAGCCGAUGUGGAGGCACCGAGCCAGGGGAGGUCGCCGAUGGAGAUUGCGGCGGUUUACGGACAUACGAUCAUUGCAGAGCUUCUUCUUGCGCGGGGAGCAUCGACGGCGAGAUCACAGAGAUCAGAUUACGGCCCGCUGCACCUUGCAGCGGCCGCGGGGCAUUCAGAGCUUCUGCGAAUGCUGCUGAUGAAAGGAGCGGAGGUGGAUGAAGUGGCCAGAGAUGGGCGGACGGCGCUGAAUUUGACAGUCGGGGAGAAGCAGCGGGAUUGUGCAGAAAUUCUAAUGUCGGCGGGGGAAGAAUGGCAACAGAGGUUCUUUGGUCUGAUGAGAGCGGAUAAGGGACUAAUGGGGGCGGCGAGGAGAGGGGAUGUUAGGGCAUUAAGAGGGGCGAUCGAUGUCGGAGCAUCGGUGGAGGCGAGGGAUGGAAGGGGUUGGACGGCGCUGAUGGUGGCGGCGUUUAAGGGAUGGAUGGAAGUGAUUAGGGUUUUGCUUGAGAAGGGUGCGGAGAUUGAUGCGAGGGAUGAGGAGGGGUACACGGCGCUGCACUGCGCGGUGGAGGCGGGGCAAGGCGAGGCGGUGCAGGUACUGGUGAAGAGCGGGGCGGAUCUGGAGGUGAGGACGGCGAAGGGGAAGACUGCGAUGGAGAUCGCCGGAUCGCAAGGUUAUGUGGGGUUCGUUAGGAUGCUUGAGCGGGGUGGGGCGACGAAGAUGUGCGAGAAAGAACCAGCAGUGGCGGAUUUGUGGCCGGUGUUGGGAAAGGAGGAGGAAAGAAAGGGGAUGAAGAAUGGGAAACGCAUCGCCGGCGGCGGCGUAAUGGAGCGGAGAGCAGGGUUUGUUUACCGGACGGGACGAUGGCGCAGUGCGAGAGGCGGGGAAAUUGGGGAGAGGGUGUUUUUGUAAU